ACGCAUGCUUUUUCACUCCUUCGAAAAGUUCCGGUUUGGAAAUGACGGCGAGAAAACUCGCUAGUCGGGUCCCUAAACUAUUGGACUAACAACGAAAGACACAAGGUUGCUACACAAGUUGCUUGAAUUUGGAAAAACAACAUUCAUUACAAGCGUAAUAUUUGAAUUUCAAUCACUGAUCCAGCCCUUGGUAAGAACCGCUGAUUGCUCCUGGCAGAUUAAUGACAUGCAUAUGUGUGUUUUAGAGAAAGAGCCGUCGAUAUUUCGUGGUGAAAUUUGCUGCCUACAACGGAGUUUCGUCCUUAAAGCGAAGUGAUGUUCUCGUCGCCUAAACUCUUACGAUGAGAGCCCUUCUUUUAUGUGUUAUUUCGUCCAUAUAUUUGAACACUUACAAUUCUGUUUACGGGGUCGAGACUACAUCAAAUCCAUCUUCCACAUCAAGCGAGCAGUUCACAGUUCCGAAACCAGCGAUCAUAUUUUUGGGUUUUCUCGGAGUAUGCCUCGUAGUUGUGUUUAUCUUGUACAAGAUUCUCCACUCUGAUAUUUGUAAACUCGAUCGUAAUAAAUUGGCCGGUGUAAGUCAAGCUGAAUAUGCAGAACUUGGAAAAUCUGCCGCAUUUGAGGAAGAAUCCCACGACGAAUCAGAUAGUGUGGAUUACAUUGAACAAGAAACUACUGCAAGCGAUAGGAGUGAUGACCGUCCAAUGCAUAGACCUGCGCCAUACGUCAAGAGCAGGAGCCUGGGUGACCUGUUCGCUGAGAAACCAAGUCAGCCUGCUGCGCCUCAGAGGAAGUUCACUCAAUGGGAGAGACCGUCUAUAGAAGCUGUCAAAGCUGCAAGCCAUUUGAAUGUCCUCUCUGCUUACGGAGAUACAGGCGGUAGUCAGCGCGUUCGGAAGAAGUCGCGUAAGGAAUCACGAGGGGAUAUCACUUGUGUAGCAAAACUACAAGUUUCUGUCGCAUUUGCGCAGACGGCCCAGAGAUUAGAAGUGACCAUCAUCCGAGUGCAAGACUUCCCCGAGGCAUUUUCCGCGAAUAGCGCUACUUCGGCAAUGUCAAUCCAUCUGACCCUGAUGCCGUCGAAGCGAUAUCGAUUUAAAACGAAGACGAAGGCAACUUCCGAUGUCACAAUUAAUGAGACAUUUGUCAUGCGAGGCGUAAGUGCCAACGAAUUAAUGGACAGCAGUUUACGCUUCCGAAUUUACGCGCAGGGUUCAAUGAAGACGGGCAGGCUACUGGGAGAAACACAAACCCACGUGACAGAUUUCGACUUGGAUGAUAUAGCCUCAACUAUGUGGAUUAUGGUACCACCAGCUGAGGAACAGAAAAAAUCGUCUUCUAAACAAAGAAAGUAAUACAUUGACGUCACAUGCAUUGGAUAAAUAGUCGCGCGUAAGUGUUUUAGUUGAUUAGUCCUUCACCUGUCAUCUUUUAGUCUUCACCAGCUGCAGGUUCUUAGAGCAGAGGCGAGUAACCUCUUAAAUUGAGUACAAAUCAAUGGAGACUUAGGUCUCCCAGAGCUGAGAACAACUUGAGCCUUUUGAGAACAGUAGACGGGGAGGCCAAUUAUAUCUCACAACAUGAUAGAAAUCUGUUUUCACUUUACAAAAGGACACAUCCUGAAUUCUCAAACAUCCUCUUCCGGCAAGAAUUAGCCUUAAGUUUGUAUCACCCUUCCUGAGGAACCAUAAAUCGGCCUCUAUAUUCUUCAAUGACGUCAUAAAUUAAUUGCCCACUGUAGUCGUUCCAAAGGUAAAAAGAAACGGGAAACGUUACACUGGUUGGUAAUCGAUCAAAAGGAAAUUUUCGAGCGUUUUUAAAUGAAAAAAAAAAGUCAAAAUUUUUUGUCGUUCCAGUUUAAACGUAGAACUCAAUCGACAAAGUAGGACUUCAGGCUUCACUGGACCAUGACAUUUAAAGCGUGCGGUUUGAUGACGUAUGCCGAGGAAAGUUUCCUUGUUUGAAAUAUGAUGACUUCAUGUCUUUUUUCACGAUCAUUUUUUUAUUUCUCUGUUGAAAAAGCCAGAGUCAUCUCAAAAGACCGCCUUUACCUUUGAUUUGUGAAAAAUACGAUAAAUUUGGAAAAUAUGUCGUGGUUUUCAUCUUGCUUGAGGCGAAAAAAAAAUUCCGCUUUUUUUGGUUGUCAAUGUCGUCACCAUUGCUAAUUAAUGUAAAUAAUGUAAAUGGCAGAGGUUGUACUCUAUUGAGCAUAAGGAAAGGCUGCCUCAUAAGGUAGGUGCCUUACCUACAAUCGAGAAGGGUUACCCUAUCAGCAUAAUAAGUUAUAUUUUGUCAUGGAAAUCUGCGCAGUUGAGGUUAACCCCUUUACACUCUAUCAUCGGGAUCUAUAUUCUAUUCACUCUUCUCUUUACAUUUCCAUUGGUACUGACAAGGAGAAUUUGUUUAUCAAUCAAAGCUUCUUAAGUUGGUGAUCAUUUCCUUUAUUCUCGUGAUCUUAAUAAAUGAUUUAGCAAUAUUAUUGUUAGGAGAAAUUAGACUCUGGUCACUCUUACGGUUUUAAGGAUUAACUCACCAAGUAGGACCAAGCUUAGCGCCCUUGGUUCGCAACGAAAAAGCGUGCGUUCUCCUUUUCACUUCCAAAAUUCUAACAAAGCAACGUUCAGAAACUAUCGCGCAGUCGAUAAACACUCAUAACCCAAGAAAAUGAAAGAAAGAGAUAUCGUUAUGACGGUCAUCUCGUUCCCUUAAGCAAUGUUUCUGUCUGUGAAACGUGUAUUGGUGCACCCUUUGUCCCCAAAUAGGGGCUUUAAAAUUUAUUUCAAGCCGAGAAGACCCCGGCUCUGAACAUCUCAAUAGUUGUCAUUUAAAUGUUUAUCAUAAUUACUCUCGAUUAAUUAUUUAUCCUUUACACGGCAUAAUUUUUGAAAGUAUAUUUUUUGGAAAAAAUGCACCUCGAGUUGUAUGGUUCUUUAGAUUCAGCUCUUUAAGUUAGAUAUCAUCUUAUUUGUUCUGUGUAAGCCGUACCUUGCACUUCUGUUUGUAUUUUUAGUCUUUAGUGAUAUCUAUCGCUUUUUAAGGGCUUUCCAAACAUUUGCAUAUUAAUCAAGUAAAUAACUACAACGACCAGGAACUUUAAAAAUUAACAGGGAAAUACUCAAUUUUGUCCGAUAUCUUAUAGGUGUGCAAGAGUAAAUUCUAGAUUUUACUUCACACUCUGAUCUCCGAAAAAAAAAAAGAAUAUUAUUUUUAUAUAUUUAAGAUAUAGAACAUUUAUUAUUUUCGGUAGCUGGAAUUCCACUAACUUGCAACCACUUUAGAAAAGAAUUGCAUUGACAUCCCUAUUUGACAUUUGAUUGUAAGUUAUGUAUCGAAAAAAUUGUAUAAUCCUUUCACUCCCUAGAUCUCAUCAGAAAUUCUCCUUGAUGUCUGCCACAAAAUUCUUGUGUCACUUCGGAGUAUUUGGUAUUGGAUCAAUUAAGAAUCUCCUAAUUGAUAGUUUUCUUUAUUCUCGUCACUUUUUUGCUUGAUAUUGCAAUGUUUUUGUAUUUUUAUUGUAAGAAUUUUCUUUCUUGGUUGCUCAUGGGAGUUAAAGGGUUUACAAAUGCUUACGAUUUGCAGUUGUUGCUGUAUCAUGUUACAAUAAAUGCACAAUAGCAGAGGAAAGUGAUUAUUUCCUCAUUGAAAAAAGCUUCUGUUCAUGUAUUGAAGAAUAAAAGAAAGUUUAUUG